AUGAGUAAUAACGCUCAUGAUCUAAGUAAUCGACUUCUGAAUGCGUUGGAUAACAAUUACAAUGUUGUCGACAUGCAUGCUGUCAACGAAAUCAUAUCCAUUUUGGAAAAAGUCAAUAUUACAAAAGAGCUGCUGGAGACCACCCGAUUGGGCAAGCAUGUGAACGAGUUGCGGAGGAAGACCACUGACCCUACGCUCGCCAGACGCGCCAAGGUGCUGGUGAAGAGAUGGCGCGACCUCGUUAUACCGACCGUCGCGUCGCCCGCGCACACCGGUUCGAACCGGUCAUCCGCGGAGCGCCAGGUGCGCCGGUUCGGCGGCACUCCGCUCACUUCGCCGGCGCUGUCUCGGCACGUGGUGAGCCCGGCGGUGCCCAGUCCCAGGCCGCCUUCAAGGCCCGCGUGGGGUGGCUACGAGUCGGACUCUCAGGACGUGAUCCUGGUGGACGACGAGCCCCCCUCCGCGCCGACCCCCCUCGCGCCCCUCCACCAGCCGCAAAAGCCGCACACGCCGCCUACCAAAAGGCAACCUUCCCCUGAGCCGGUGCACGACGACAAGAAGGCGAGGAGAGAUAAGAAACCCAAAAAAAGAAGGGGCUACAGCCGCGCGGGGUCCGGCACUGAGGCGCCGGGGGCGGAGGGCCCGCCCCCCCUGCCGCCCGCGCCCCCUCCACCGGCCGCCGCGCACCCCGCCCACCCGCCGCCCCCCGCCGCGUGGAGCGCGCGCAACGGCUCGGCCCACUCGCACUCUCACUCUCAUUCUCACUCUCACUCGCACGAGCGCCGCCGCAACGGCUGCCGCAGGGACGCCCUCGACUCCUACUCGGCCCUCGUGAAUCGGAUGCCGCCUGCCGGCGCCAAGAAGGUGAAGACCACGAAGGAACUGUUGGAGCAGAUCCAGUCGCGGGGCAGCAAAGCUGCCUCGCGUCCCGCCUCCCCCGGCUCGCCCGCCUCGCCCGCCUCCCCUGACGUCAUGCUCAUAGAGCCCGAUUCUUAUGUGAAGGCGGGGUCGCCGCUGCGCAACGGCGGCGCCGAGUGCGCGGUGCGGGCGGGCGCGGGCGCCGUAGCGGAAGCGGAAGCGGAGGCGGAGGAAGAGUCCGUGGCGGCGCCGCGCUCGCCCUUGGACGAGCAGCUGGCGCGCGAGCGGGAGGAGUGCACCUGCGCGGACGAGCCGAGCGAGUCGUGCCCCGCGGCGGGCCUGCGGCGGCCGGCGCCCGCCCACCUGCGCGCCCUGCACCACGCGCUGCUGCCCGGCGUCAACGGCACCCGCGCGCCCCUCCACCCGCACCAGUUCGCCGUGCGCAAGCCCGAGCACCCCGAGCGGCCCGGCCUGUUCGCCAGCGUGGUGCCCCUCUACAAGUACUCGGACUACGCGGACGACUACUGCGUCAAGAACAUGGCGCGCGUGCCCCUCUGCGCGCACAUCCCGUGGACCGAGUUCGCACCGCCGCCACCCUCGCCGCCGCCGCCGCCCGCGCCGCCCUCGCCGCGCCCCUACCCCGUCGACGAGGAGCCCGACGCACCCGCGCGGGCGCCCGUAAAGGAGGAGCCCGAGGAAGCGGAUUCGCAAAUGGUCGAGUACGACUGCCCGAAGCUCGAGCCGGAGAUGGUGGGCGUGCCGAGCCUCGAGCAGAGCGAGCGGCUCAAGGCGCCGCUGCUGUCGGCGGACGAGGAGAGGCAGUUCGGCGGCGCGGAGCCCGUCGCCAAGGUGGAGGUGCAGGAGGAGUUCGCGAGCGAGCCGCAGGAGCACCGGACAGUGGAGCGGACGAAAGGCGGCGGCACGGACGGGCGGGCGCUGUUCGCGGUGUGCGAGAGCGCACUGCGCGCGGUGCCGUACCGCUACGAGCAGACGGGCAGCGCGCCGCUGCUGUCCCUUUCCGCGCCCGACCUGGAGGGCGCGCUGGCGGCGGGGGCGGAGGCGGCGGUGGGGGAGGGGGAGGGCAGGGACGCGCUGGGCCGGCCGCCGCGGCCUGCGCGCUUCGCCGAGUGGCACGAGUGCGCGCGCCUCGGCGACCUGAUCGCGCUGCCGUACGUGGUGAUCGAC